CUGUGGAGUCGACGAGCUAUGGCGUCUUCUUUGGUUGCGGGCGAGCGGCUUCUGUGCGCUUUGGGCCCCGGCGGAGAGCUGGAGCCGGAGAAGCUGCCCCGGAAGCUCCGGGCUGAGCUUGAGGCCGUGCUCAGUCCUAAGCACGCGGGCGCUGAUCGUCCCGGUAGCCCUCGAUGCUUGAUACCCUUCCGUCUGCUCCGGGAUCUGCACCAGCACCUGAGAGAAAGGGAUGGCACACUGUACCUUCAUGAGCUUCUAGAAGGCAGCGAGAUCUACCUCCCAGAGGUGGUGAAGCCCCCACGGAACCCAGAGCUGGUUGCACGGCUAGAAAAGAUUAAGAUACAGCUAGCCAAUGAGGAGUAUAAGCGGAUCACUCGCAAUGUCACCUGUCAGGAUCCAAGACAUGGUGGGACUCUCAGUGACCUGGGAAAACAAGUGAGGCCAGUGAAGGCUUUGAUCAUCACCAUCUUCAACUUCAUUGUCACGGUGGUAGCUGCCUUCGUCUGCACUUACCUUGGAAGCCAGUAUAUCUUCACAGAAAUGACCUCGCGGGUGUUGGCCGCCCUGAUCGUCGCCUCGGUGGUGGGGCUGGCUGAGCUGUAUGUCAUGGUGCGUGCCAUGGAAGGCGAGUUGGGAGAGCUAUAACUGGUGCCUCAUUGUCACAGUCUGGAGAAGGCGCCCAGGGGUUCCUGACCGCCCAUCACGACCUCAGCCAGUCCGCCAGGCUCCUUGUUCUUAGUUCCAUCAAGUCAGGGGACCAAGCCAGGCCACACGUGAUUUCUCCGGGAAGUUCUGUCUUCUGUGAAUUUCCAAAAAGAAGAUCCAAGCCCCACCACAUCUUCAAGAGAGCUGGUCUGUCAGUACCUUCUCCAGUCAUUCUGGGCACUGGGGUUUUUCCAUCAGAAGUAAAUGGAAUCCAGACCUGCCCAGGCAGAAGCCAUACUGCCUUAAACUUGUCGCCUUCUCUGGCCCACACAUAUAUGAUGCAGACCUGUAAUUUUGAGAUCAGACGCUUCCAAGGAAGCAGAAAGGAUAUGUUGUCCCCAGUUUAUGCUGGAAGAAGAGCUGAUCAGAACACUGACAUCAAGUCACAGCAAGAUGGGUUGGGAUAGACUGAUGGAGCUGGAAGCAAAGCAGCUCUCUUGUGGAAAAGGAAAUGAUCUUAGGCCCUUUUUCCAGAAGACAGAAUGGAAAGGCAAAUGGGCAGCUCUGUGGUUCUUCACUGUUUAAUGGAACCAAAGACCCCCUAUGUUAUCCUGCUGUUUGUAUGUCCUCUUAAGCUACUGCAAACUUAGACGAGUUGGUGUGUCAAUAGAAUCUGUAUGGAACACAUAAUAGUAGUCCGGGACAGGCUUUUGGCCCUGUUGUUAAGAUACCAUUUAAGGUGCCCAUGCCUCAUGUUGGAGUACCUGGGUUCAGCUCCAAGGUCCAGCUUUGAUUCCAGCUUCCAGCUAGUGUAGACCCUGGAAGUCAGCAAGUUAUGGCUGAAAUGGUUGGGUGCUUGUCUGUCACCCAGCUUCGGGUAAGCUAGGUCCUGCCACCCUGAGCAUGUAGGAGUCAACCAACAGAUAGAUGGGCACUCUGGUUUUCAAUCUGUUUCUCUUUCUGCCUCUUAAUAAGGAAAAGAGAUGUAUCAACCUUAUUUAUUUUAUUUAUCCAAUACAUAUUUGUUGUGUCCAGCAUGUUCUUACUGCCAGUCUGUGACAAACAAGAUAAAGCAGGGAUUUCCAAGGCUGUGAUAGUUAUCAGUGGUCUGCACCCAACGGCAGCUCUUUCUGUUCAGAGUAUGUGCUCCUAUGCACACACCUCCCC